CGAGGGGAGGGUGAGCGCGGCGCGGCCAAUCAGGGGCGCCCACGACCCACCCCGCAGCGGUUGGAGCCGUCGGCCCUGGGACGGCGCCAGUGUCGCCGCGAGCGUCGGGCCGCGGCGGAGAUGGUGUGUCCCGCGGCCUCCGCCGGCCGCCUGGGCUCCGCGCUGCCAUUCCUGCUCGUGCUUUUCGACCUCCAGUACCAGGGAACUGAAUGUGGAAUAAAUGCAGAAGUAGAAAAGCAACUUGAAAUGGGAAAGAAGUUAUUGGCUGCUGGACAGCUAGCAGAUGCUUUGUCUCACUUUCAUGCAGCUAUAGAGGGAGACUCUGAUAACUACAUUGCUUAUUACAGAAGAGCCACAGUGUACUUAGCCAUGGGCAAAUCAAAAGCUGCAAUUCGUGAUUUAAGUAAAGUGGUUGAAUUAAAGCAGGACUUCACAUCAGCAAGAUUACAGAGAGGACACUUACUGCUCAAGCAAGGAAAAUUUGAUGAAGCAGAGGAUGAUUUUAAAAAUGUGCUCAAAUCCAGUCCUAGCAAUAAUGAGGAAAAAGAAGCCCAGACUCAGCUGACAAAAUCUGAUGAGCUACAGCGCCUGCAUUCACAAGCAUUAUCUGCCUACCAGCAAGAGGAUUAUGAAGCCGCUAUUUCUCUUCUUGAUGAAAUCUUGGCAGUUUGUGUUUGGGAUGCAGAGCUACGGGAACUUCGAGCUGAGUGUUAUAUAAAGGAAGGAGAACCAAGCAAAGCCAUUAGUGACUUGAAAGCUGCUGCAAAAUUAAAGAAUGAUAACACUGAAGCCUUCUAUAAAAUCAGCAGAAUAUAUUAUCAGUUGGGGGACCAUGAGUUGUCACUCAGUGAAGUCCGGGAGUGCCUGAAACUAGACCAAGAUCACAAGCAGUGCUUCUCUCUGUAUAAACAAGUAAAGAAACUCAAUAAGCAGAUUGAGUCAGCAGAGGAAUUCAUCCGAGAAGGCAGGUAUCAAGAUGCUAUCAGUAAGUAUGAGUCUGUAAUGAAAACUGAGCCAGAUGUCCCAGUUUAUGCUACUCGUGCCAAAGAAAGGAUCUGCCACUGCUUGUCAAAGAACCAGCAGGCUACAGAAGCCAUAAAAGUUUGUACAGAAGUUCUGCAGCUGGAGUCAACCAAUGUGAAUGCCCUGAAAGACAGAGCAGAAGCUUAUCUGCUGGAAGACCUUUAUGAAGAAGCUAUUAAAGACUACGAGACUGCCCAAGCCAAUAGUGAAAACGACCAGCAGAUUCGGGAGGGGCUGGAACGUGCCCAGAAGAUGCUGAAGCAAUCACAGAAGAGGGAUUACUAUAAAAUCUUAGGAGUAAAAAGGAAUGCUCGAAAGCAGGAAAUCAUAAAAGCUUACAGAAAGCUGGCAUCGCAGUGGCACCCUGAUAAUUUCCAGAGCGAGGAAGAAAAGAAGAAAGCAGAGAAAAAAUUCAUUGAUAUAGCAGCUGCUAAAGAAGUCCUCACUGACCCAGAAAUGCGGCGGAAAUUUGAUGCGGGAGAGGACCCACUGGAUGCGGAGAGUCAGCAGGGUGGGGGAAACCCCUUCCACAGGAACUGGAACACAUGGCAAGGAUUCAACCCCUUUGGAUCGGGAGGAGGACCAUUUACAUUCAAAUUUCACUUCAGUUAGAGCCAAGACUGUUUCCGGUGGCUGCUGCUGUUUUUUACUUAAUUCGUUGAAAAAUAAAACGUCUCUCAGUUCAAGACCCCAAAA